AUGUGCUAUAGCCUGGGGCUUCGCAUUAAAAGAGGUCUCCAAAGUUUGAACACUUCAGGCAGUCUUGAGGACGUCCUAAGCAAAUUGGAUGAAAUCAUGUGGACACAUUUUGACGCUGUGUCAAAGGUCAACCCAAGCCUACGUGUUUCCAUGCGAUUUUGCACGUUUCUAGUGAGCUCCUCCUCGACUUUUGAGUAUCGAGAGGACGUCCAGCUCCUGAAGAGAUUGGCGGCGGGGACUGACCCGGCUCCUGAUCUCUUGGUGACUGCAUACUCCACUUGGACACUGGGAGAGAUGGACUGGGGACACGUUAUUCCUUAUCUCAGUGUCUUGGACCUCAUGAGAGAAGGACUCUCUCGAGUGGUCCCACUGCUACAUCGCAUAUCACUGCGAACUCGCGUCCUUGUGCUGUCGGAGAGUCGCCUAAAGCCCUUUGCGCCUCAUGAGAACCACAUGCGACCCGCCAUCUUCUCUGACAGCAACAUCGAGUGGAGUGACAUGAUAUUCUUCCACUACCUCCGGGAUGUAGAAGAAUCCCGGAUCCGAGACGGACGGUCGCCCUCGGGCUCUCGGACUGAGAGGGACUGGCUGAAGGCCGACUCGGAGGGCCUCUGGUGGUGGGACUCGCUCCUGCCCCAUGGUCUGGCCGUGAGGGCUCUGUGCGCGGAUUUGCACAUGCAAAACCUCACUCUCACGCCGCUGUACGCUCACUUGCGAUGCGACGACACAAACCACGACGGCGAGACAACACUGGAAGAGGGAGUGACUAUGUUGCUCAAUCUCAUAUGCAACACUGCUACCAGUUUACACGUCGACAACGCUUGUUGCCAAUAG